UACACCAAACACAUAAUGGAGUCCGAGUCCACAAUACGGGCAGAAAAUAAUCACGUUGAGAUGGAGACAGAGAAGAGCUCGGAACCUCAGAAUGGUCAGCACUGUGAUAUUAAAGAGAGCAUCACCAGCGGUGACACAAACACAGAUGAUCCUUUUAAGAAACCUGCUAUUUUUGCGGCUCCGUCCUUCUCGGUUAAGAAAUUAGGUGGGUUAAACUCGGAGAGACCGGCAGAAGGUCCAAACAGCAGCAAAGAUCAUAAUAUUGAACAUGACCAAUCACCUUCAGAGCCCAAAGAUACGAAACAAGAUCCAACAAAUUGUCUAUCGGACGAGAGAACGGACGUCUCAAAGCCCCGUGUGGAUCAUCCUAAAUCAAAAGACAUCAGAUCAAAAAUCACAGCCAGAUUACCCCCGACGGGUAAAUUUCCUCCACUGCCGUACACUGAACCUCCAUGGGGAUCUGUUCCUGACGUCUCUUAUUCGUUUGAGUUGCUUAAAAACGGUGCAAUUUUGGACACUGUGCCUCUGUCUCAGAGAAGUUAUUUUGUGGUGGGUAGACUGCCGGUGUGUGAUGUGUCACUGGAGCAUCCGUCCAUUUCCCGCUAUCACGCUGUGCUGCAGUUCCGUGGCCGAGCAGGACAGGAUAGGGGGGUGGGAGAGGAGAGGGGAUUCUAUGUCCAUGAUUUGGGCAGCACUCAUGGGACUUUUGUCAAUAAGAGCAAGAUACCACCUAAAACAUAUGUAAGGCUCCGGGUGGGAUACGUGCUGAAGUUUGGGGGAAGCACCAGGCUCUUUAUCUUGCAGGGUCCAGAGUUUGAUGAGGAAGCACAAUCUGAACUGACUGUAACUGAGCUCCGGGAGCGUGCCAGGAAACAGAGAGAAGAACUUGAAAAAAUAAUGACGGGUGAUGGCUCUGAUGAGGAAGAGGAGAAAGAGGAGAGUGAAGCCACUGCUUCAGAAAGAAGCUCCUCUGAAGAAACUGGCUGCUUAUGGGGAAUGGCUGAAGAGGCGAUGCCAGAAGAGGAUGAAAAUGAGGAGAAUCCAUUUGCUGCUGAGUUUCACGAGGAUCAGGAAGCAGCAUACCUUAAAGAUCCUAAAAAAGCCCUACAGGGCUUCUAUGACAGAGAAGGAGAAGAAUUAGAGUUUGAAUAUGAAGACAAAAGCCAUGGUACCUGGCUCUGCAGAAUUAGGUUACCGGUGGAUGAUGCAGUGGGUAGACAGUUGGUGGCUGAGGUCACCCAUUUAGGGAAAAAGAAAGAAGCAGCCAUCCAAUGUUGUUUAGAGGCGUGCCGUAUCUUAGAGGCCCGUGGUCUUCUGAGACAGGAGGCUGUUUCUCGGAAACGCAAGAAGAAGAACUGGGAGGAUGAAGAUUUUUAUGACAGUGAUGAUGACACGUUCCUGGACCGGACUGGUGCAGUGGAGCGGAAGAGGACUGAGCGUAUGAAGAAGGCUGGAAAAAUUCAAGAAAAUCCUGAUACCCAUGAAUCACUGUUGACAAAACUGGCAGAGGUUGAGAAAGAGCUGGCUAACACUGAAAAGAAGCUCGGUUCUUCUGGAAAAGGCAGCUCCAGCUCUUCUUCAGAGGACCCUCUUGAUGCAUUCAUGAGUGCUGUUCGUAGUGAGGCAACUCUGGAUGGGGUGGAAAGAAAGAAACUUAAUUUACAUGUGGCUGAGCUAAAGAAGGAGGGUCAGAGACUACAUAAACUGGUGGAGCUCACCAAACCUACCCAGCUGCCUUCACUACAGCCCAGUGGGUGAGUGUAGUAAUAUCAG